UGGUUCUGUGCGCCGCGCCGCAGCUCUGCUCUCUUCAGCACCGCAUACUGAUUGACAGGUAAGCGCGGUCCUGACAUAUACAGUCUCAUGAAUAUUAAUCAUUUAAGUGUCAAACGAUGAUGCUUGUUGUGCGUGUUGCCAUAUGAAAUCAACUUCUUCUAAAGUUGACUACCAAAUACUCCCAAAGAUGUCCACCUCGAGGAGCCCAGACCGUCCUGGGGAUGGUCCUCCGUGCCUUCCCUCCUCAACAGUUGACAGCAGCGGUUUAACAGAGCACGAUCCGGACCUUGACCUCCUCUUCCCGUUGACCCGGCCCCCCCUGCUGACCCGACGUCUAAUGCGCUUUCGUGUCUGCAGCAGCCCCGUUACGCGCCGCAAGAGAGAGAUGAUUCCUGCCGACAAGAAAGACACCACGUACUGGGACAAGCGUCAAAAGAACAACGAGGCAGCGAAGCGGUCCAGGGAGAAGAGGCGGCUGAAUGACCUGGUGCUGGAGGGUCAGCUGCUGGCUCUGAAGGACGAGAACGCACGGCUGCGCGCUGAUGUGCUAAGCAUGCAGUAUUACAGCAGCCUGAACGCGGAGGAAAGUAACCACCACGCUGCUAGGGCAACAUCAGAUUCUACAGUGCCCUUAGCCCCCAAACCUUCUUAUGUCCCUGCCCUUCUCCAGAGAGGACUCUGGGACAAUAGCAGGAGCAACCAAGUCUCUGUGAUGGGUGUAAGGCAACAAGAAGCAGCGAUGAAUCCAUUUGAUGCCAAGACCCCCUGUUUAAGUUCCAAUACACAGGUUUUUCAAACUUGUGGCGCACAGCAAGGCAUCCCCCCCUUCUCCGGGCCGUGUUUCCCUUCUCCCACAGCACAUUUGGAGGUUGGGAGAUCAGCGGAGACAGAGUCGGACCCCCAGCGACAGGUGUCCUCCAGCGAUGACUUUCCUAGCCCCACCUAUCAGGCGUCCUCCAUCCAAGCGUCCCUUGGCUCCUUGCCUCUGGCUUCCAAUCUGCCGUACCGGUCUCAAACCUGGCUGGUGCCCUGCGUGAAUCACCCGGCACUGCGUAAUAAUUUUCUGCUGCACUGGCCGUCUUCCUACCUGCCCCCACCGGCUGUCUUGCCAGGCCUACCUCCUCUUUACUUACAGGGGAGACGAGGCCAUGGUCUCGGUGUGGAGGCAGAUCUUCGGAGGGGGUUCAAGAGUGGGUUUAGCAGAGCUGAAGAAAGUCCGAAUCAGCUCGAGAUGCACCGCAGUCCUAAUGGACUCCAACUAUCACGGCGUUUAUUUCAAGCAGAGUGAGAAAUAAUAAUCAUUUCUUGUGUUGUAGAAAGUAACAAGUGAGCAAACUAGGUUUUAAAAUUCGCCUGGGUGCAAUAUGCCCUCUAAUUUGUUAUCUGACCUUAAUAAAAAGAGGGAAAUGAGGACAUUAUAUUUGACAACAUCUCUCUCUCUUUGCUACAGUUUACACUGGCAGAACAGAGAACAAUGAAUACAGCUUAUAUUGAGGAGUUACAUUUCUCUGAAAGUGUUAUUCAGAAUGAAACAGCGGCUGAAACUUUACGGAUGAGUGAUUUUACACACUCGCGGGAAUAAUAAUACAUCCACUUCCCAAGCUUAAUUGAUUUGAACGGAAUUUUAAAUCUCAAUGCAAAAAUAAAUUCACCAAUAUAUGAAACCUAAAGAAAUCAGAAGACUUGUUCGUAUUGCAGUUCAGAUUGAUUGCCUGGAAAGAAACGUUAACAUUUUACUU